GUCAAAGGACUAUGUAAUUGGUUUGAGUUGUCACCGCAGCGCUGUCUGUCUCGUGUUAGUGAGUCAUGUGUUCGCUCAGGUUUAUGGUCAUGUCUGUGGAUGUGUUUUACUCAGACGGGCGCAGACUGCAGCUCUCCUGCGGGUCUGAGUUCAUGAUAGAGAAACACAUGUCACCCUCUGCACACCCGAACACUGGUACUGAAUGCUUUGGCCUUCAGAAACAAGUAUGCAACUCAUCCAUAUUUGCCCGAGGAGCUCAUAACUGGAAUUCAACAAGUGCUGAUUUGCAGCCAUUCACCAGUGCCAUAACUGAGGUGGAGUGGCCUGGGUCUGACUCCUGCACCGCUGGGCCGCAUGGAGAGAUCACAGUCUGCUCUGUAGAUGGACAUGCCAAACUCAUCCUUUCCUCUUCUGGAGAAGAGUUCACAGUGGACUUUAUCUGCCGGUCGAGUCGCAGUAUCUGCAAGCAUGCUAAUGUGAUGUUGAGGUGGCGAUAUGACACUGUGAAUCCUGAUUUGCUGGAACAGGAAGAGGACGUGCUGCUGAAAGUGGUCUGGUGCGAAGGCAUCAUAUACCGUAUAGUAGAUGGAGUGAAACCGAUGGUAGAGAUCUCACCUGGUGAUGGUUCAGUCAUCAGAUCUAAUGGAGUUCUAGCCAAUUACUUCACACAUUACAAAGCUGCAGCUGCUCACAGAGAUGCAAGACAACUCUCUGCUGUGGGGUGUGUGUAUUACCUGUGUGGUCUCCCACCUGACAUACCGGGUCAGCUGUAUUCUGUCCAAUCUGUCGUCACACGGGCCAGCAGGGGCAGGAGUAUCUUCCACCACCUCCCAACUGAACAUCAACCUUGACUCAAGACAGAAACCAGACCGUCUCACAGGUGGUGCCAGCUCAGUUUGCCAGAUAGGCACCAAACUCUUCUCCAAGUUGAGACAGACCAAACUUAUCAAAGGUGCGUGUCUGCAGUAGUGCGGUGGUGUGACUUGGUAAAAUACAG